UUCCGCCUCUCCCCCCGCAGCACUACCGGCUCGGGUCGCGCGCGGUCUCGUCUCCUUGGCGACGCGGCCGCUGCGCUACGGGUUCCCCACCCUGCGCCUACCGCGAGCUGAGCCUCGGGUGUCUGCCCGCAGGUGGUCAGCCUGAGACCGCCGCCGGCGGGCAGAGGCGACGCGGCGACUCCGAGUACCCGCGUGCAGCCGGACCCAGCCCUCACUCUGGACUCCCCCAGGCCUGACUCCUGACCCGCAAACGUCUGCCCACCCCAGGUUCGGGCUCUGGGGCCCACGGCUACCGAGGCGGUGCGCGAGAAGGAAUUAUCUAGACAAGACAGAUGCUGUAAAAAAAAAGUGACGAUUGAACCAAAUGAAGCAAUGUCAGAGAAAGAAGUCCCUUCAGAACACCUUGAAAAUAAAGUGUCUUUAAAGAGUACUGAAAAUAGAGUAUCUUCAAAGAGUGUUGAAAAUAAAGAUACAGAAACAAAUCUACAGUCUAAGCUAUGGUCAUCUUCCUUCCUAAAAGAGAACUCAGGUAAAGUGGGCAAAGAUGCAAUCAUUGUAGAGAAGGAGGAAAAUAAUGAAUAUUGCCUUCAGGAUAUUGAUAAGUUAUCCAACACAACAACUGAUGAUGGUGAAGAGGACAGCAGUGAUGAGGACAGUGAUGACGAUAGCGACCCUCAUAAGGAGACUCCUGCUCCGUUAGAGUUAAUGGCAGAAUUCCUGAGAGCAGAAAUGGGCCAAGAUUACCAUUUGGCAAAAAAAUUAUGUGAGAUGAUCCUAAUCUAUGAACCAGAAAAUCCUGAGGCCAAGGAGUUUUUUUCACUUAUUGAAGAAAUGUUGCUGAUGGAGAAAGCUCAAAAUCUUGAGGAAGAUGAUGAAGACAGUGAUGAAGACAGAGGUGGUGAAAGUGAAGGAGAAAGCAGCAAGGAUCUAAUCCCUGGCAACCAUUGUUCUGCUUUCUGUCUUCAUGAAUUUACCCUAGGCACCACAUCAAAGACCAGAAUGAAAAGGAACAAAUCCUACAAAUACCUGGGGGAAGAGCUUUCCAAACAGAAAAGCAGUAGUUGCAAGUCCCUGAAGUGGCAGCAUGCCGAGAAUGUUCAAGAAACAGCAAGGAGGGGAGGGUCCUGGGGCAAAGUGAGGAGUUCAUCACACAACUGUCCCCCUUUCACUCCUUCUCUGGCGAGUUUGAAUAUUCCAUCAGAAGAAUUUCUCCCUUAGGAAUCAAAAUUUCUCUGUGGGUUAAAAAACUUCCAAGUUACUAAAGAGGAGGGCCUCAGGUCCAUAUUGGGGUGACCAAGCUCUGCUGAGACAAAUGGCAACAAAACAAAAUACCUAUUAGGCUUAGCUUGUACAUCCAAGGAGAAUAUACUUAAAUGGGUCAAAUUCAUUGCUGAACUAAGAGGAGGAAGAGAAUAUUUAUUGAACACUGUAAAACAGGCACAACUGAGCUUACUAUUAUGGGUUUUAUGGGCAUCAAAUAAUCCCACACAGUUUAUAUUAGCCCCCAUUUUACUGAUGAGAAAAAUUAGAAUGACAGCAGUGAAAAGAUAGCUAAUAAGUAGAAUCAACAUUUGAACUCAUUUGAUUGACUAAGUUUUUGCUUUUCCUUCCAUAACAAGCUGCCAUAAAGUCCUCAAGAAGUUCUUGAGUCCACAGCCAUUUACUACAUGAGAAGAUUCCCCAGUGAAAAGUUAUGAAAUGCUAAUAAUACAUUAUUUCAGAGGAAUGAAGUUUUAUCUGAUCUCACUUGAUGCCCUACUAUAAGUGUCCAGAGAGAUUAAGUGAUUGUCCAAGGUCAAAGGGUUAUUGUGUGGCAGGGUUAUGAGGCCUCACAGAGCAGUGAACUGUGUCCAGGAAGUCCUGAAACCUGUAUUUGUUUCCUCAUCUACAAAAUAGAGGGUCUCAUGUAAUAAUUAAAUGAGGAUUAAUACAAUAAACACACCAUAAUUUCCAUGAGAUAGAUUUCUCCCCUCUAUAACAUGACAAUUGUUUCUGUUAGUCAUGUUUCUAGAGUGAGAGAAACAGACACAGAGAGACAAUCUCUAACAUGACCUGCCUCCCACCCCUAGCCCCACUACCACCACCAUCAGGUCAAACUGGGCCCACAGUGAGCAAUCCCCGGCAGCCUAUGCCAGGACUUUUCUCUGAGUCCCAUCUUGGCUCUCUUUGCCUUAUUGGUGUGAUAGGGUGUGUUCAUUGGCAAUUGCCACAAAAAUGAUGUGUAACACACCACCCUGAAACAUGGGUUUACAAUUCAGCUCCAUUCCAGUGGCCAAAGCAAAUCACAGCCAAGCCCAACAUCAAAAGGGGGAGGGGUGGGAGUAAUCUAGGGGGAAAUGAGUUUUACCAGUUUAAGUUUCCCCAUGUUCCAACACUCAUCCCUGGCUUGUCCCUCACUGUGAAGUUGAGACAAUGUGCCUAUAGCCCAGUGAGACGAUAUCAUUUAAUCUGUGUAUUUAGAAACUGCUUGAGCUUUCAGGUUGUGCAGAUCUAAAGGAUCCCAGACUCACCCAAAGAUAAAGAAAACAGGAUCCAGCCUUGCAGCUGAGGGUUAAGUAGAAAGAAUGAGCUGCAGAUGACUGCUUUGAGAAAACCCAUGGCACUGAUUUGAAAAUGAUACAGGUGAGAAUGUUGGGUGUGAAUAAAUUCCACUGAAUUCUUACACAUACAUUCUUGACAUGAAAGGGACUGAGCUAGAGUAGCAAUGAUGAAUCCCUGCAAUUAAGUUUCCAAUUUUCUCCUUGGAGUAACUGGCCAGGAUUAGGCAAGGAAUCUGAUCUGAAACAGAAGUUUAAGUUAUCAGAUUCUUCACAAGUCCAAGUUUUCCAGAACUUCUCAUAAACAGCAUUUCCAGGCACGUAAGUCUGAAAACGGGCUACGUACAUGCUAUUUUAAAUAAUUUAAGAGCUUUUACCCUAAAGAAAUGGAUAAAAUAUCACUAUACCUAGCCUCCCAUUCUUUAUUCUUUUUCACUAAAGCAUCUUGAUGUGAGAAAUCAUCUCUCUUGCAUCCUACUCUUUUGUGAAAGGACUGAUUUUGCCUUAAUUUUUGUUGAGAGAAGAGCAGAAGACAGAUACAUCUCAAAGGAUUUCUGUCAGACUUGCAACCCAAAUCUGCUACUUCUUUGGUCUCCAGUUUUGCAGUGAAAUAUCCUGCCUGGUAACAGCUUCCUUCCUCAGGCUGCCUUUGGGAUGCAGUUCUGUGGAAAAGCAACGGAUAUUCUGUACCCCUCUCCCUUUCACCAAAGGAACAGAGACCCUGGGUGUUUUAGGCCACUUGUGGCAGUAUCUCUGAGCAUUAAAAAAGGCCCUGCUUUGUGAAAUACGGCAGCGUGUGAAUGAGCUGGAAAUGGCCUGCAGUUUUCCUGAAGUACUGCCCCCUUGUGGGAGCCUGUUGUUUGUCCUCUCAGAAAUUGUGAUCUAUCGCCACCUGGUGGUCCCCCUGUCUUCGCGUUUGGAAUAGCAAGCAUUGGACUUAAAAGAUUUGCAAAUACAAAUCACUCUGUCCUCCUUGAUUAAUUUCUUUAAUAUUAGACUAUUUUCAUCUUCUGAAUAUCAAGAAGAAAGGGGCCGUUUGACAAUUAUCUGAGGAACUCGGCUCCGUUCGUUAGGAGAAAAGGUCGUAAUUUCCGGAGCCCUCUCCACAAGCAUUCUGGCUGGAAUUCUGCUUGCCUCGCCUCCCAUUUAACCCCUUGUAGUCUUCCACGAGUGAGUGUGAUGUGAUCUGUUAGGGUGUCGACCUAGCCUUGGUCCCCAAAGAAAGUCCAGCAUGAUUUGGGGAACUGUUUAAAGUACACAAAAGCACCGAAUAAAUCUUAGCUCUGACUUAAGAAAAGCCGAGUGUGAGGUUAACAACGCUUCCCACAGCCCUCGUCUCCGGAGACAGACGUUUAAACGGUGAGCACUGCCAUUUUUUCUUUUUCUUUCUUUUUUUUUUUUUGGUCAUUAAUUAGAUACUUAAAAUAGACCUUAAAGAGCCGUCUGAAAUUAGCCAACACCAUGGCUCCAAAUUACCUUUCCUGAAGUCUAAAAAUGCUAAAUGCGUCAAAGAAAAAGAAAAGACUGACGUUUCUUAUUUACUCACUUUGACGUGGACCAUAUUUUACGCAUAAAAAUCUCCCCCGUAGCCUGCUUGGGCGCCCCUUCCACGCCUUACUCUCCUCCCACCCACUACCUUUUUUUCCUUUGCUGAAAGGCUAUGCCCCAAAUCGGGUUGGAAUAUUGUUAAACCUUC